AUGGCCCUCAUCCAUUACGGACAAUUUUCGGGAACACUUCAUCCUCCAAAUCAAAGUAUUCAAGCUAUAGACGAGUCCAAGAAAUCGAUUAGAGGCGUUUCUCGUAAAUUAAAAAAACAUAAUUUUUUUGUAACAAAAAAGAAUGGUAUCUCAGUUCCAAGAACUUGGUUAAUAUAUUCUCCCUCGAAUGUCAGCGUGUUCUGUUAUAUUUGUAAAUUAUAUGCUAAAACUUCAAAACAUUUACUUUGCAAGGAAGGCUAUAGUGAUUGGCAUCAUAUUACUGAACGGCUUAUUGAACAUGAAAACUCAACUACUUAUAGAAAUGCAAUAUGUGAUUAUUCCAAUCGUUCUGUAGAAUUAAAACGAAUUGUUUGCCAACUAGUAAAAGAAUAUAAAACAGAAGUUCAAUAUUGGAGAAAUACUUUAAAACGUACUAUAGCUGUAAUUCAGUUUAUAAGCCAAAGAGGUUUAGCUUUUUUUGGGGAUAAUGAAAUAUUAGGUAAUUCCCAUAAUGGUAACUUUUUAGGUAUUAUGGAAUUAUUAGCAACAUUUGACCAAUUUCUCAAGGAACAUUUAAAUAAUUAUGGAAAUAAAGAUAGUGGAAAAUCUAAUUAUAUUUCAUCUCACACAUUUCACUCAACGCCAAAUGUGACUCAUAUAUUAGCUAUAGUUUUACGUUAUGUGAAAUCUGAAGGCCAAGCCAUUGAACGUUUUAUAAAAUUUAUAGAUAUUUAUAGUCAUAAUGCUGAAUACUCAACAUCAACUGUUAUUGAAAUAAUAAAACAAUUAGGUUUAAAUAUUGAGAACUUUGUUGGCCAGUCGCACGAUGAUGCCAGUAAUAUGGCUGGAAAGUAUACGGGAUUACAAGUGCGAAUAAAAAAGAUAGCUCCAGCUGCUGAAUAUUUACCGUGCGCAGCACAUUCGUUAAAUUUGAAAUACAAAAAAGAAGAGAAGUUUAAUGUUAAUGUGGAAAAAAAAUUUGGAUUUUUAUUUAAAGAAAACUUAACCAGAAAUGAAAUUAUGACUAGAAUUAAAGCAUUAAUAUUGUUAUAUGAAAAUGAACUUGAUAUUGACGCCGAAAGCUUCGUAGAUGAAUUUAUUCAAUUUCAAAGUCUUAUUACAUCUACCAACAAUAGCACAACAAUAACGCCAACUGAUCAAUUAAAGUUUAUAAGAAAUAUGCAAAUAGCACAUACGUUUCCAAAUGUAGAAACGUGCAUUUUAGACACAAGUGUUACCGACUUGGAAACCGUACGUCGUGUCCGUCAACUGAAAAAAAUGGCAAUUUAA